AUGACCUUCGGUCCAUCGUACUUUGACGCUUUUGCCACGAUCCCGGAUGCAAAGUAUGUAGUUGACAUUCCGAUGAAGAAGAAUAAGCUUGCAAAUAGCAAGGCCUUUGCUAAGGCUGCUUACAACAAGAUUGGCGCGGAUAAUAUUGUGGGGUUGGAGAUCGGAAAUGAGCCUGACAAUUAUGGAUUGAGCAAGCAGGCAUAUGUGAGCAGGUGGAAGAAGUGGUCGACGCAGAUAUUGCAGACACUAGGUUUGGGGGAGCAGGAGAAAAUAUUCCAGGCAGUGUGUUUGGCGAGUCAGACCGGGAAGACAGGAUCCCCUGGGGCACCUGGUGGCUGGAGGGUACCUGAGUUGUUCGAUCUGGGUCUGAAAGAUGUGAAGUCUCGCAUCGGGACAGUUUCCAUGCACUACUACCAGACCAAAGUCCGCACGGACUCAGAUCUUCAACGCGACAUCAUGAACCACACAGCCGUCGUCCACGGCUCCUCCUUCGUCAAAGACGCUGUUGUCUUCCUCAACAACAUCAUCGCGCCGAUUCCACUUGCCCUCGCGGAAGUCGGUUCCAUUCUUGGUAGCGGAAAUGCCUCGCAGAACAACGCGCUCGCAGCCGUCUUUGGCUCUGCCCUCUGGCAAGUGGACUUUUCACUCUACAGCAUGUCCAUUGGUGUGCAGCGUAUAAAUUGGCAAUCUGGUCUGGGGUUUCCCUUCGCACUCUGGAACCCGCAGUAUGAACACAAUGGGAAGACCGUGCCUGCGAGUGUGCAUCCUGCGUUUUACGGGCAUGUAUUCGCGGGAGAGUUCGUGGGAAAGACGAGCAAUAUCAGGGUCAAGCACCUGGAGCUGGGCAGACCGUUCUUGGCGGGGUAUGCGGCGUAUGAUGCAGGAAGGCUAGCGAGGAUUGCGUUAGUGAACCUGGAGUUGUGGAGUGAAGGGGAUGGAAACAGGUUGGAGAAGAAGAUCACGCUGGAUAUUGGGGUUGGAGUCAGCGAGGUGAGUAUCAAGCGGCUUACGAGUGAGAUGGGUGGGACGGCGCGUGUUGGGAACAUCACUUGGGGAGGCGUGCAGUGGACUGUAAAUAGCGGAGGGAAGGAAGUGAAGGUCCUGAAUGAUACUACAACGGUACCCGUGGAUCGCGGGAUGGUGGAGAUUGGGAUUGAGGCAAGCGAAGCGGUCAUGAUAAAGCUGAGCGGCUAA